AUGCAGACUGCUUCUACAAACAUUUGUGAAUGAAUGUGCAAUAAGUCCAUCCAUGAAAUUUCCUUGCUACUAAAAAUUCCAUGGUCAACUGUUAGUGGUAUUAUAGCAAAGUGGAAGCAACUGGGAACAACAGCAACUCAGCCAUAAAGUGGUAAGCCAUGUAAAGUGACAGAGCGGGGUUAGCGCAUGCUGAAGCGCACAGUGCGCAGAAGUCACCAACUGUCUGCAGAGUCAAUAGCUAAAGACCUCCAAACGUCAUGUGACCUUCAGAUUAGCAUGACAAAAGUGCAUACAGAGCUUCCUGGAAUGAGUUUCCAUGGCCAAGCAGCUUCAUCCAAGCCUUACAUCACCAAGUGCAAUGCAAAGUGUCGGGUACAGUGGUGUAAAGAAUGCUGCCACUGGACACUA